AUGGCUGACAUAAUCACACAUUCCACCAGCAUAUCCCCACAGCUGCACUUGCGCACAACCGUGCCGUGCAAAUACCGAAGCGGCGCCAUCCUCGGCACCGGAACCUACGCGGUAGUCAAGGAAAUGCAGCACAUUGCCAGCGGCCGCACCUACGCAGGCAAAAUAAUCAACAAGCGUGCACACACCAACCUCCGAUCCAUAAGCAACGAGCUCCGCACCCAGCUUCUCCUCCCACCCGCGCGCCCCCUCCUCCGCUGCCACGACUACUUUGAAACUCCCCACAGCGUCUACAUCAUCACCGAGCUGUGCUCCGGCGGUGAGCUCCUGCGGUAUAUGCGCGGCCGCAAUGAAAUAGAGUGUAUACGCGUCGUGCGCCAGCUGGCAGAGGGCCUCGUGGUGAUGCACGGCGCCGGGGUGGUGCAUAGGGAUUUGAAGCCAGAGAACUGCCUGGUGCGCAGCGAUGGGUCUGUGGCGAUUGCGGAUUUCGGAAUGGCCCGGAGCUUUGAUCCGGAUUUGGGGCCGAUGACGUCGGUGUGUGGGACACCCGGGUAUAUGGCUCCUGAAAUGGUCCUUCGGCGCGGAUACGCGGUGGGCGUGGAUCUGUGGGCGCUCGGGGUUGUUGCCUGCUUCAUGCUCUCUGGGUCCAACCCGUUCCACCACAGCCGGGUGCGCCCGGAGCUGAUUGCGAGCCAGCAGGCUGUCGAUGCGCUGCUGGAGAAUGCAUGGUGCUCCAGUCCCUGGGUAUCUGCCACGGCCCGGGGCUUUGUUCGCGCAUUGCUGGCCGUCGACCCGGAGGCAAGAUUAACCGCCGAGCGGGCACUGGCGCAUCCGUGGUUGGCUGUGGAUCUGCUAGAAAUUUACUUUGCGGCUGCGGCUGCGGCUGCGGAGGGCGUCACCAAGGACGCUGUGAGAUUGUGGGCCCGGUGA